ACCUCCCCUUGAAGAACUCUCCAGUAAGCAGACGUCUUUGACAGAAGUGCUUCUUCAUCGUUAUUUACUUUUAUUUCGUGCUCUUGAGAUGAAUUGCACAAAAUGACGGCAAGCUUGAAAAGACCAAGGAGCCCAAAUGCAGACUGUGAAGAUUGCUUGCCAAUUUCCAAGAGGAUUAACAGACUUCAAAUAGAGUCUGGUCAUCAGUCUUUCAAUCAUGACAGCAACAAUCAAAUGAACAAUAACAUAGGAAGACCUAAUGGAAAUGUUCACCCAGACAACAUUAUCUCACAAUGUCGCAAACUUCGCAUUAACUCGGACCCUGUUCAUCCAAGUCACCUCAGAAACAGUGCAGAAUUCCCUGGAUGUUCUGGAUGUAGUCAGUCCAUGGUACAAAGCCAGUCUAUGAACAAGCUGCCAUUUGACAUGGGUGAGGGUUAUAACCCUGAACUAGAGGAAAAAGACAAUCCUAUCUAUUUCCGAAUAAAUCAGGUGCUUUUUGAGGCUCACAAAGAAAGGGCAGAAAGGUCACAGACCAAGUUUCCAGAUUAGUGAUUGGAAGCUGAAUGAUAUGUGCGACUUGUGUCUGGCUGGUCAUGAAUGUGUUAUGUGUAGAUGUGGUAGGAUGCGGUGUUGGACUCAAUGUUCGGUGGUGUACAUGUAUUUCUAGAACUUGUACUUUAUUACAUACUUGCUUAGAUUUCUAUAUACCUUUAUCAAAAUAUAUCAUCUUGCUUGCCUUGGUUGUUGGGACAGAAGUGGUUAUCAAACAUUCAUGUUUAAAUUGUUUGGCCCUAUCAUUUUCAAAUUAAGCCCAUCUUGGAAAGCUGUGUAUCAGUUAUAGAUAAUUUUGAUUAGAAGUCAUACCAUACUUAUGUUAACAUGUAUUUAAAUUGUAACUUACAUGGGAAUGUGGAGAAUGAAUCUUCCAACUAAUAAAGAAUAUUAAUGAUCA